AUAAAACUGGGACCACGGAAAAUUUCAAGCUGAUACAGGUUUUCACCGCAGGGACAGUCACAUCGAGCUCAGAACCGGGUACUUAAAGGGAAAACGCUAGCGAAAUCGCUAGAGGGACUCCCUCCACAUGGAGCUGCUGGGGAGCUACGAGUUGCUGGAAAGGGAGAACGAGAAGCUCCAGAAGGAAAACGGCGAGCUGAAGCUCAUGGUGGGGCUCAUUAAGACGAACAUGGAGCUGCGGUCCCAGCUGGGCUUGCCGGCAGAGGACCGAAGCGCAGACUCCGCUGCCUUAAGCAACUCGCAGAGAAAAGCCGGGGUUGCAGGACAAACAUCAACCCUUGUGUGGGAUGAGACUUUGGAAGAGGGCAGAUUUAGCUCCCAUCUCCAGAAAAUGCCACACAAAACAUCUUCCCCCCUGAAUCUCAGCUCCCCAGGCAAAGAGUCCCUCGCUGUCAACAGCCACAAUGAAAAUGUUUCCCUUGACAAAAGGAGCAGAAAUGAACCCUUGACAACUCCUGACAUGACAGACCCUGUCCAACAGAGCCAGGAGCGUGUGGUUGGUGAGAUAGCAUUUCAGCUGGAUCGCAGGAUACUGUCCUAUGUGUUCUCAGGCCAGACCAGACUGUAUGGAUUUACUGUGUUCAACAUCCCAGAUAAGAUCAUUCAGGUGUCCACUAACCUGGUGAGUGGAAAAGUCGACCACGGCUUUCGUGCCCACAUGACCCACCGCUACUUCGACUUGAUGGAGAAGCUCAGGAAGCUGGGCUACAGCAUGACCCUGCACCCCCACUUCACCGAGUUCAUCGUCAACUCCUAUGGCAUCCUCAAGCAGAGGCCUGAGGCCUACAGCACCGAGGACAGGAGCUACAGCGAUCCCGAGAUCCUGAGGAAGCUGGUGAUUGACAUGGUGCCCUCGAACCUGCUCAAGGACAUUCUGCGGCUCUUCAGCUGCCUGUGCUACAUGGCCAAGCAAGAUGGGAAGCCUCUCUUCAUCUGGAAUAACAAGACCCAAGAAUUAAAUGCACUGGAAGGAUUAAAGAGUGUUUAGUCAAAAUGUGGCUUAACCCUCUUGGCUGAGGGCUGACCUCCUGGGAAGAGGAUGACGAGGCUGGGACCCCCAUGCAGAGUGAGGAAGAGAGACCAAGGGGCAGCUGCAGAGGUGGAGACAGGGUGGAGGUGAGAUGCAAAAAGUCGUAUGUGAGGGAGAGAAUGGGAUCACGUACAGUAUUUAUAGUGUUUUAGAAGAGGAAAUGAUGUCAGCAGUGAUUGCUAAUUACUGACAACUGAGUCUGAUUGAACUUGGUUGUUGUCAUCUCUCCUGAACUUUAUUAGAAUCAAAGCUGAAACAAAUGUUUAAAUAAAUGUUACUCUUUGUUGUAAUUAAGAAUCACGAAGGGUGCGCUCAGCUCUUUUUUGAGGGAGAAAACACUGAAAUUAUAUUAUAGGCCACUGAGUAUAUCACAGGCCUCACAGGAACACAAUACACACUGCUUCCAUGAGGUGCAGGUACUGCAAGUUGCAGGAAUAAUCCAAUUUAGUCAUCAUGUGCAGUUUCCAAAAUGUAGAAAUCAUUCCCAAAAAUGUCCAAAGUUUUUUUUUUAAUUUCACACAGUAGGGCCAUUUUCUUGUGAAGACUUGAACUACAUUAAAUCGUUCCCCACCCAUUUCUCACCAUUUAAUUCACACUAAAACCACUUCCUUAUUAAUUGAUAUAUUUUCUGCAGCUGAACUUAAUGCAUGCUAUUUGUUUUGUCCUGUGUUUUUGGAUACGUGUCUUUGUGUUUUUGCGGGAAAACCAAAUAAAAUU